CGCGGGCAGGCGGCCGCCGUUGGGCUCGGGGCUGCGGACUCUGCGGCCCCGCAGGUGCGCGCGCGGGGGUCGCGGGCCGGGGCGCCGCCACCGGGCUCCGCUUUGUGGUGCGGCCCGGAGCCAUGGUGAUCAUGUCGGAGUUGAGCGCGGCCCCCGCGGGCUCGGGCCAGGGACAGCAGAAACCUCUCCGGGUGGGCUUUUACGACAUCGAGCGGACCCUGGGCAAGGGCAAUUUCGCGGUGGUGAAGCUGGCCCGGCAUCGAGUUACCAAGACGCAGGUUGCAAUAAAAAUAAUCGACAAGACACGAUUAGAUUCAAGCAAUUUGGAAAAAAUAUACCGUGAAGUUCAGAUCAUGAAGCUUCUGAGUCAUCCUCAUAUCAUAAAGCUUUAUCAGGUUAUGGAAACAAAGGAUAUGCUUUACAUUGUCACCGAAUUCGCAAAAAAUGGAGAAAUGUUUGAUUACUUGACCUCCACCGGGCACCUGAGCGAGAGUGAAGCCCGCAAGAAGUUCUGGCAGAUUCUGUCAGCUGUGGAAUACUGCCACAGCCAUAACAUCGUCCACCGGGACCUCAAGACCGAGAACCUGUUGCUGGACGGCAACAUGGACAUCAAGCUGGCAGAUUUCGGGUUUGGGAAUUUCUAUAAGCCAGGAGAGCCUCUGUCCACGUGGUGUGGGAGCCCCCCGUACGCAGCCCCGGAGGUCUUCGAGGGGAAGGAGUACGAAGGCCCCCAGCUGGACAUCUGGAGCCUAGGCGUCGUGCUGUACGUCCUCGUCUGCGGGUCUCUUCCCUUCGACGGGCCUAGCCUGCCGGCCUUGCGGCAGCGGGUGCUGGAGGGCCGGUUCCGCAUCCCCUUCUUCAUGUCUCGAGACUGCGAGACGCUGGUCCGCCGCAUGCUGGCCGUGGACCCCACCAAGCGCAUCACCAUCAGCCAGAUCUGGGAGCACAGGUGGAUGCGGGCCGACCCCGCCCUGCGGCAGCCCACCUGCCCCGUCUUCUCCUUGCUCGGCUACGCCUCCAGCCUGGGGAGCUAUGACGAGCAGGCGCUGGGCAUCAUGCAGACGCUGGGCGUGGACCGGCAGAGGACCGUGGAGUCGCUGCAGAACAGCAGCUACAACCACUUCGCUGCCAUUUAUUACCUCCUCCUGGAGCGGUUGAAGGAGCUCCGGCUCGCCCAGCCGCCGGCCCGCCCCGGCCACGCCUGGCAACAGAGGCCCCGGAGCUCGGACCUCAGCGGAUUUGAGGUGCCUCAGGAAGGCCCCCCCGGUGACGCUUUCCGCUCCGCCCUGCUCUGCGCACAGCCCCAGACCUUGGGGCAGUCUGUCCUGCAGGCCGAGCUGGACUGUGACCUCCACGGCUCACUGCAGCCCUCGCUCUUCCCUGUGGACACCGGUUGCCACGGCAUGUGCCAGUGGCGCUCCGUCUCCCCCAGCAGCCUGCUGGACACGGCCAUCAGCGAGGAGGCCAGGCGGGGCCCGGGCCCGGACGAGGAGCAGGUCGCACGGGGGCCCCCGCCUGGCAGCACCGGCCGGAGACACACGCUGGCCGAGGUUUCCACCUGCUUCUCCCCGCGCAUCCCUCCAUGUAUCGUUGUCUCCCCCUCCGCGGCCAGUCCUUCCGAAGGCACCAGCUCCGACAGCUGCCUGACCUCUGCGGGUGACGGCCUGGCUGGGCUCAGCGGACACCUGGUCGCUCAGGGGCUGCUGAGCGCCUGCUCUCCGCUCAGACUGGCCUCGCCACUCCUGGGGACCCAGUCCGCCACCCCUGUGCUGCAGGCGCAGGGGGCCCUGGGAGGAGCCGCCCUGCUCCCCGUCAGCUUCCAGGAGGGCCGGAGGGCGUCAGACACCUCUCUCACUCAAGGGCUGAAAGCCUUUCGGCAGCAGCUGAGGAAGAACGCGAGGACCAAAGGCUUUCUGGGGCUGAACAAGAUCAAGGGGCUGGCUCGCCAGGUGUGCCAGCCCUCCUCCAGCCGGACCUCGAGGGGCGGCCUGAGCACCUUCCAGCUGCCCGCACAGAGCCCGGGCCUGCACGGCGGCGGGGCUGGCGGCCGGGAGGGCAGGAGCCUGCUGGAGGAGGUGUUGCACCAGCAGAGGUUGCUCCAGUUACAGCACCACCCGGCGGCCCCACCCGGCUGCCAGCCAGCCGCCCAGCCCCCCCCAGCCCCCUUGGUCCUCGCCCCCUGCGAUGGCGCCCUCCUCGUGUCGGGACUGCGGAAGGAGCUGGGGCUGGGGCCCAGCCUGCUGCUGCCGCCCCCGCUGCUGCAGGCCGGGGGCUCCCACGUGGCGUCGGCCGCCCAGCUCCUGGACGCCCACCUGCGCAUCAGCAGCUCCACGGCCCCCGGCCCUGCCGCCGUGGCCCCCCAGCCAUGCUUCGCCACACUGUCCCCGAGCCUGGAACCUGCGGGGCUGCCCCAGGGGGACUGUGAAAUGGAGGACUUGACCUCGGGCCCGCCGGGCACCUUCGUCUUGGUGCAGUGAGGGGCCCGGCCGGGCUGUGACUUCUCGAAGCAAUAAUUUCAGAGUAUGUGAAGACGUUUCCGGACUCAAAGCCAAGAACUUUUCAGCAGGAAAACAAGCAAUACGUUUGGUGUUUUGGCUUUUUAGUUUAUAUUUUGUUUGAUUUUUUUUUUUUUCCCCUUGCACUGAGCAACUGUAACUCCGAGUAGGGACUGGAAACUUUUUGAAGAAAAAUAAUAAUCCAGGGGCCUGUCAUUGGGGCGGGUGGAUGGGAAGCGGGAGGAGGGCAGCGGGUAGAGCUGGCAGCGCUGUGGUCAGGGUCACGGGGUGGGGGGGGUGGGGAGGGGGUCGCCGAUUGCCCCCAGGAAACCGUGGUGUGAGCCAUGCAUCCCCAUCGCGUGUGUGUGCGCGUGCAUGUGUUAGUGGGUUUUUUUUUAGUUCACAGUUCUCCACUUCCUGGAACACUUAGGCUUCACUUGAAAACUGUGAACUUUCUGCUUUACGUAUCAGUUCUUGAAAAGCUCUAACGUCCAGCCCAAGAGAAGAUAAUCUAUAAAUUCUUGGAAUUCUCUCCCCUGAAAUCAGAAUCCAGAGGAUAGUUUUUCUUAUUUUAGAGGAGACGUUUUAUAAACUGCUCGGGAGCUGGUUUUCCAGGAUUCUUCGGAGGGGCUGCAAAGAGGAACCUGGCUGGGGUGGGGGGGCCGCGAGGUGGAGGCUCCCCGCCCCCCCCCCCCCCCCCCCCCGUCACUUGGCCUGGAGCCCCAGGGCACCUCCGAGGGAGCUGGGGAAGUCUCUUCCUCCUGCACCUCUUAUUUCCGCUGCUAAUUAAGUUUUUAUGCAUUUCAUUAUCAGGGUCCAAAAAGAA